ACUUGAGAUUUUUCUUUCUCUCCCCGUUGUGCUUUUCCUCUUUGUUUAUGGGCUUGGGCAGGGGAAGGCACUGAGGGAGUCCUAGCGAGCAAGACAUUUGUAAAUGGAUUUGGGAUUCUGCCUUCAGUGCUGAGCAACCACUUCUUGCCAUUGCCUGCCCCAGCUCCAGCCCUUUCCUGACUCCAGGAGCACACACCCCGCCCUCCUCCAUCAGGACAUUCCAAGUGUGUUCUCUUCUAUGCACUUCCUUUUUGCAGUCCUUAGAGGUUAGUGUAUGAGGCUUUUUAAUGCAUGGGAGAUGGGUCAGGAUCAGACAAAACAACAGAUAGAGAAAGGACUCCAUCUUUACCAGUCUAAUCAGACUGAAAAGGCCCUGCAAGUCUGGAUGAGGGUUUUGGAGAAGUCUGCGGAUCCUGCUGGCAGGUUUCGGGUUUUGGGUUGCCUCAUCACUGCUCAUGCAGAGAUGGGCAGAUACAAAGAUAUGCUGAAGUUUGCAGUGGUACAGAUUGACACAGCACGGGAGCUGGAGGACCCCGAUUACCUUACAGAGAGCUACCUGAACCUGGCUCGCAGCAACGAGAAGCUUUGUGAAUUCCAGAAAACAAUCUCUUACUGUAAAACCUGCCUGAACAUGCAGGGCACCACGGUGAGCCUGCAGCUGAAUGGCCAGGUCAGCCUCAGCAUGGGCAAUGCCUUCCUGGGCCUCAGCAUUUUCCAGAAGGCUCUGGAGUGCUUUGAGAAAGCUUUACGCUAUGCGCACAACAACGACGACAAGAUGCUGGAGUGCCGGGUCUGCUGCAGCCUGGGGAACUUCUAUGCCCAGAUAAAGGACUACGAGAAAGCCUUGUUCUUCCCCUGUAAAGCAGCUGAGCUGGUGAAUGACUAUGGGAAGGGCUGGAGCCUGAAGUACCGUGCCAUGAGCCAGUACCACAUGGCAGUGGCUUAUCGGAAGCUGGGGCGCCUGGCAGAUGCCAUGGACUGCUGUGAGGAGUCCAUGAAGAUUGCCCUGCAGCACGGUGACCGCCCCCUGCAAGCGCUGUGCCUGCUGUGCUUUGCUGACAUCCACCGCAGCCGCAAGGACGUGCAGACAGCCUUUCCCCGGUAUGAUUCUUCCAUGAGCAUCAUGACAGAGAUUGGGAACCGCUUGGGCCUGAUCCAGGUGCUACUGGGGGUGACUAAGUGCUGGAUGAGCAAGAAGGAGCUGGAUAAGGCUCUGGAAAGCAUUGAAAAGGCACAGGAGCUGGCAGAGGGAGUAGGGAACAAGCUGGGUCUGCUGAAGCUCCACUGCCUGUGUGAGAGGAUCUAUCGCACCAAGGGGCAGCAGCGAGAACUGCGCGACCAUGUGGUGAAGUUCCAUGAGUGCGUGGAGGAGAUGGAGCUGUACUGCGGCAUGUGUGGGGAGUCCAUCGGGGAGAAGAACAACCAGCUCCAGGCCCUGCCUUGCUCACACUUCUUCCACUUCAAGUGCCUCCAGACCAACGGGACCCGGGGCUGCCCCAACUGCCGCCGCUUGUCGGUGAAGCCCGGAUACGUCUGACCCACCCGGGGCCGGGACCGCGGGACCCCCGCGCCUCACGGAGCCUCUCCCCGCCCUCCUCCUCCCCUCAGGCUGUGCCUGCCGGCUGCGGGGCUGCGGCGGGGGCGGCCUCGGUCUCCCCUCCGCUUUGGCCGGCUCAGGCCCGGCCCUGCUCUGCUGCCUUUCCCUCUCGUUUCUCUGUACGGGAACUGACGGUAAUAAAAGCGCUUCACCCCCCUCAGCCCCGCUCCUGCCGUCCCGUCCCGCCCCAACAUGGCGCCGCCGCCAUCACUCAGCAGAUUCGGGCGCCGCCACGUGACCUGCACGGCCGUUCCCCCUCACGGCCCGAAGCGGCAGAUUCGGCAGAACCCCCGGGGCCGCUCUCUGGGGCUGGGAGGGCUGAGGAAAUAAAAGGGACCACCCUGACUCCCGCUCCGCUGCCUCUCUCCCACAUCGCUGCCUCCUUCCUGCCUCUCUGCCUCCACCCCGCCUUGUUUGGCGGGGCGAGGAGCGCCGAAUCUGCCGGCAGGUGCCUCCCGCGCGGUACGGGGUCUGGUUGCAAAAUGGCGUCGGUGUGGGACGAGUCUGAGGAUGGAGUCGGCGAGGAGGUGUUGAAGAU